AUGGAACCUCAAAGUAAAUCGGCAAGAUUUGAAUUUUUGAGGGAUCUUCCGGUCUCCAUAUCUCACAAAAUUCUUUCUUUUCUUGGUAUCAAGGACGUUGCACGAGUUUCUACAUUGUCUAGGAUAUGCAGAGAAGUCUGUUUGUCAUCUCCUUUCUUGAAAAUUGAUUUAGAGGAUCUUGAUAGCCAAGGAUUUUACAAGCUUAGUGGAUUUUUACAUCAGUUUAUGUCCUUGCGUAAUGGGGUUGCUAUACAUCAAUUUGAAGUGGAAUUGUACGGUAAAGAUGUUGGUGUUGAUGAGCAACUUCAUAUUGGUAAUUGGAUACUUGAGGCAAGCAAGUGUAAUGUCAAAAUGAUUAGUCUGCACUUGUUUAACUUUGAAAUCUUUACUUUUCCUAGUAGUGUAUUAUUGAGCUCUGCUUGUUUAAGAGAUUUGGAAGUGUGGUUGAGUCCUGAAGGCAUGUUAAGUUUGCCCAAAGUGUCAUUUGGGGGUCUUGAGAAUUUGAGAUUGAGAGAUGUUCGGGUUUCAAAUACGUUUUUUGAAUGGAUUUCGAGCUGCAAUUCAUUGAAGAUUCUAUAUCUUCAUAAUGUUACUGGCAUAGAUGAGCUCAACAUUAGUUCUUCAUCACUUGAAGACUUAAGGCUUGAGGAUAUGCUUCCUAGUGCGCUUAAUUUAGGAAAUUUAGAGUCCUUGUGCUGUUCUGACAUGUCUAUUGUUUUGGACAAAGAUAAACAUGUGGUUUUGGAUGAUGGAAUCAUUGGUAAUGUUCUUCAAUCAAUAUAUCAAGUUUCAUCUAUCUCUAUAUGUGAUUAUUCUAUUCAGGAAAUUUCUCCACGGACGUUGCUGCCAGACUUUUGUAACUUGCGUUCAUUGACUCUAAUUAUCACUAAUUCCAGUGGCCUAAUCCCAUCUAUAGUUUUCUUACUCAAUUCGAUGCCACAUUUAAAUACUCUGAAAAUAGAGGGUUGGAAGUCUUGGGACUCUUCUGAAAAGGUAAGCAAUAAAUGGUCUGAGAAUUGUCACCCCCACAUGAAUCUUCUUAUUAUGUCCUCAUAUGUCAUUGUCAUUUAUAUAAUGAUUUUUAAUUUGGUCAUAUAUGGUAUUUUCAUGCUGCAUAAAAAGAUUCCUUCAAACGAAAGUGUGGACAUAAACCCAUAUUGUAGUUGAUAAUCUGCACAUUUGUCAUUAUAUGUUUCUGUGGUUUUCUCUCUAACUCUUUUAGUGUCACUCAACAUCAUCACAGAAGGAGAAGAUAAGUUUUAGUGC